UUGGUGCCGAUGCCACCAUAAAGAAGGUGGAUGAGUAGCCUAAGUCAACAAUGUGUGAAGACAGCUGAUUGGGACACGCAGAGCCUCAUUUUCCUCCUCAUGGGUUUGAACCUUGCUCCUUUCUGGCAAUGUCAACGUGGAGUGAAUACUUUACGCGGCCAACUGGUUUAUGAGUCAACCCCUGCGACUGGGAAAGGGGAGGUUUCCUCCGAAAGAGGCUGAAAGAAGCAACGGGAGCAGCGGAAACAUCCUUUCAAAGUGUUAUUGGAGCACUUUUAGGACGAGGGCUGGAGCCAUGUGGAUGGACACCAAAACCGAGGCGCAGGAUGCCAGCGGGAAGCCAGCGAGCACCGCUCGUCGCGUAAUGAACGGUGUCAUGAUGGUAACUGGUGACAUGGUGUACCUGGAUAAGUACACGCAAGACAAGUGGUUCAUUCUGCAGCUGGCUGUGUGGGCCUGCAGAGGGGUCUCCCGAGUGACUAUAGCCAACAACCCGCUGAGUGGCACUCUAAUGCUAGCCGCGUUAUACUGGGCCUCACCCUGGAAAGGCCUGCUGGGUACUGUGGGCGUGAUGACCUCCACGCUGACGGCGGUCAUCUUGGGACAGGACAGUGCAGAGGUAUGGGGAGGCAUGCAUGGUUAUAACGGCAUGCUGGUGUCUCUGCUAAUGGGAGUGUUUAACGCUGGCGGAGAUUGGUACUGGUGGCUCCUGCUGCCCGUUUGCUUGGGCUCUGCUAGCAGUGUCUUCCUCUUCAGUGGCUUCUCGUCUGUGUUGGACCGCUGGGACCUGCCAGUUAGUGUCUUUCCCUUCAACGCCGUCAUCACACUCUACUUCCUGUGCAUCGGCCCUGAUAACCCCUACUUCCCGCGCCACCUUGCUAUACCGCCAGACUCACCGCCGCCGCCCAACAUCACAGAGCUCAGCGCAUCGGAGGUGUUGCGAGGCAUCCCUCUGGGUGUGGGCCAGAUCUUCGCCUGUGGCGCCCUGGGGCCCUCGCUGCUCAUCCUGGGGGCGCUCUGCCUUUACUCCCCUCUGCAGGCCGUCCACGCUCUGCUCGGCUCAGCAGUUGGAACGUUGGCCGGUUUAUCUGUGGCUGUGCGCCAUCAGUCUCUUUACUGGGGCCUGUCAGGUUUCAAUGGAGCUUUGGGAUGCAUGGCUGUUGGAGGACUCUUUUUCACCUUCAGCUGGGAAACUCACCUGUUGGCCAUUGCUUGUGCCUUCCUCUCGUCUUAUUCUGACAUCGCCCUGAGCAAUCUGCUGGGAACUAUGGGUCUCCCAGCAUGCAGUUGGGCAGCCACACUGACUGUCACGCUAAUGAUGCUGCUGACGGGCAGUUUAGCCGCACACCGCCUCCCCCUGGCUAAGGUUCGGGUCCCGGAGCAGAACAUGUGCUCCGGCAGCCGAUGGGAAGCCGGCAGCGCCGCAGAAAGAGACAGCACUGACGUGUAAUUACAGACUAAUUGGUUUUUUUUAUAAUAUUCUAUCGGCUGGCUACGGGGUGUUAGCCAAUUACUUUGGCUGAGGGGGCGGGACUUCCGGAGAGAGAUAGGGAAGUGACGUUGAUGAUAGAAAGCAAGGCGUCCGAGUAUUGCCGGAAAAAGAGGGGUGACGCACAUUGGAGUUGUGUGGUUCAAUCGCAUCUUGUACAAUAAAGACAAGACAAACAAAGAAGUUGUAUGAUCCUGCAUUCCUGGGAUAUUACAAUAUCAAUACA